AUGGGCCUUCUUUCUGCGGAGCGGGGCUGGGGUGGUCUGCGGCCCACCGCCCCGGUGCAGGAGAGGCCGCGCAGGGAGGGCCUGGCCAACGUCCACCUUGCUGACCUGGGCGCGGGAGGAGCUCUUGACCGGAAGCGUCCGGAAACUGGGUGGGGGUGGAGGCACCGGAAAGGCCUAGGCGCCCUGGGAAAGGAGCCGGAGCUGACGGCCAGGCUGUUGGCCCAAAACGUGACCCUGGAAAAUGGGACCCUGAGCUGGUACAACCAUCGAGGGUUAGCAGGUGCGCACUUGUCCCCGGGCCUGACCUAUGAUGAGCACAGGCAGGAGCUGGUGGUGGCGAAGGCUGGACACUACCAGGUCUGUCUGCACCUGGAACUGAACAACGUGUUGGUGUUGCCGACCUCCCAGGACUCCUUCAAGGUCUCGCUGACCCUGCACCUGGAGCCGCCGCAGGCUGGGGCCACCGCCCGACCUCUGGCCGUGGACCUGACGCCCUACUCCUCCUCGGUCCUAGUCCGGGGUUCCCGCUGCCAGCCGCUGCAGACGGCCGAGCUCCAGAGACUCAGUGUCCGCAUGAGCGUCUACCCGCGCACCGGGGGCGGCAAGCACCAGGCCUGGCAGCUGGCCCAGCCCGCCACCAAGUUGGAACUCUUCCGGGUGGGCGGCAGUGCCCCGACCUGGUGAUGCUGCCCACUGAUGCACGGGCGUCUCCUGUCCUCCCCUUUCUCCCUCGUGCCGGGACAGGGUGCUCUACCUCACGGGCUGGGCGGGGCCUCUGUGCUGCCGCCACCCCAGGACUCUUCUUACUAUUUAUUCUGAGCCCAGCUCAGGAAGUUCAACUUUAUUCUGAUAACAUUGUAUUAAACUGCUAUUUAUUGAUUGGUAGCUGUGUUUCAGUCCGGUGCUAGAGGAUCCUUGGAAAAAACAGACCCCAAAUAAACAUUUUUAUUUAUGUUAGUAGGCGAGAAACCUUACCCCUCAGCCCUCUUGUGAAGCUGUGUUUUGGGUCUGGGAAGCGAACAUCACUCAUCUGAGAGUUGUUCGUUCACUGAGGACUCAGUGACGAUGGACUCACUGAUGUUUCUUUUUCUUUUCCUCUUUUGCAGUGCUAGCCUGGAACCCAGGGC